AUGUGGCUCCUGGUUCUGUGCCUCAUCCUGUUUUUGGGGGGGACUGGUGCUGCGCCCCAUGUCCAGUCACGGAUCAUCGGAGGCUCAGAGUGUGAAAAACAUUCCCAGCCCUGGCAGGUGGCUGUGUACAAUUUUAACAGAAUCCAGUGUGGGGGUGUCCUGUUGAACUCCCAGUGGGUGCUGACAGCUGCCCACUGCUUCAGCGACAAUUACCAGGUCUGGCUGGGUCGUCACAACCUGUUUUCAGAUGAGGCCACGGCUCAAUUCGUCCACGUCAGCGGCAGCUUCCCGCACCCAGGCUUCAACAUGAGCUAUACUGAAAUACACCACCGUGUUCCAGGACUGGACUACAGCCACGACUUGAUGCUCCUCCGCCUGAAGGAGCAGGUCCAGUUCACUGACGCUGUGAAGCCCGCCGUCAUGCCCACCCAGGAAGCAGAGACAGGCAUGAGCUGCAUUACCUCCGGAUGGGGCAGCAUCACCACUGGAGCGAGCAUUCUGGAUAUAAAUAAUUUCAAGUUCCCAGAUGACCUCCAGUGCCUGGAGGUACAGCUUCUGCCGAGAGAAGAUUGUGAAAAAGCGCACCCCCAGGAAGUGACAGAGUUCAUGCUGUGUGCAGGGAGCUUGAAAAAUGCUGUAGACACCUGUGUGGGAGACUCGGGGGGCCCCCUGGUCUGCAAUGGGGUGCUGCAAGGCAUCAUGUCCUGGGGCAUGAUCCCCUGUGGUGUCCCGGAGAGCCCGCCCUUGUUCACCAACAUUUUCAAGUACAAGCAAUGGAUAGAGGACACUAUGACCAACAACCCCUGAACGCCACCUUCUCCCCACUCCUAGUAAAGCCAAAUACGCAUCACA